AUUCAUAUUUUUCAGAUUUUUUUUUUCACAGAACUGUAGUUAUCACACUGUCCCCCGUGUUACUGUUUAUCAACACAAACCUUCUGGUUGGUUAAAUAUGACAUUCAAACCUGACUGUGACCAUCAGUGAUGUGAUUCUGGUUUGCGUCUCCAGAUGAAGCUGUUACUGCUGCUGCUGGCUCUGUCCUGGGCCAGUCUCCAGGACACGGUGGGGACCAGUUCACAGCCCAGAGAUGCCUCUCUGCUGAACCCAAAUCUGGAGGACAGAGUUCCUGAAAUCACAGUCAACACGUUGACAACAAGACGUCAACUGCAUCUGCAUCCUGCUAAGUUUGAACAGAAGAGACUGAUUCAGUUGUCCUCCUCAGUGUCUGAUUAUGGCAAACUGAAACGGCAGGAGUGGUUCCACAACAGUAGUUCUGUCCCCAACGGAACUGUUUCCAUUUACAAUGAAAACGCUCAACGUAUCGAAUAUGUUUGCCAUUAUAACUGCUACUGUGGCUUUUACAAUCCUGAUCUAGGGAGCUGCCGUUACACCUCGGACUCCUUCAUGUUUCAUACCAACAGCUUCCAUCUCCUUGUGAAUGAAGACAACUUUGAGAUCCUGGAAUGGAAGGAUACCUUUGAUAGUUCACUGCCGGUCAGUACCUGCUCUGAUCUUAACAGGUAUGUAGGGGAAAACAAGCACAGUCUCAUGCCAGUCAUGCCACGCUCAGAUCCUCAAGUACCCCCAGAGACCAUUCGUGUCUCUGCCAUCACCAACAAUGACUGCAGUCCAGUGUCAAAAACAACUACUCUCUCAAAGACCAAUCGGGUGGAGAAAAGGUGGGACGUGGGCGGUUCCAUCACAGCGGGUGUCAAGACAACCUUUUCUGCAGGUAUCCCCAGUAUUGCCUCCGGAGGUGUUGAGGUCAGCGUUGAGGUGACAUUCCAGGCCUCAGGAGGACAUACCUAUGUAGAACAGGUUCAACACUCUAUAUCUGUAAAGCUUGAUGUCCCACCAAACCACAGCUGCAAAGUCAGGCUGCUGGGAUAUAAGUACAAGGCAGACAUCCCUUUCACUGCACGUCUCACCCGCACCUGCAAAAGUGGUGCGACCACAUCAACAUCCAUCUCUGGGACCUACAACAGUGUCGAGGUUGGAGAAGUCCGGGCUGUGGUGGACAGAUGUGAACCUGUUCCCGACGCCAGGCCUUGUUCCUAAAGACAUCAGUGUAUGUAGAAUUUGUACUAAGCCUAAUCGUCAUUUACCACAUGUACUGCAAAAAGAAAUUUUAAAUCAGGCCAACAUGAGGCCUUGUGCAUAUUUGAGUAUAGUAAAUGUCAGAAUUAUUAGCAGCAGACGUUACUUUCAGUUAUGCAUCUUAAAAAUGUAACUUGUUGCUUUAAAUGUCUUUGAAUAGUUAUUUUGUAAUUAACAAAUAAAGU